AUGUCGAAUAACGAUCAAUCCGUUCGGAGGCUGCUGCCUCAGAGCUCCAACUCGUCUUUAAACUCAUUCUCAUUUGCGCCGCAAACUUACCAACCACCGAGGGAGACUCAGAAAAAUUAUGUAUUCGUGGACGAACAUAACCGACAUAAACGGUUGAAGGUGAUGAGAGCAUGUGAAGGUUGUAGGAGGAGAAAAAUCAAAUGCGAUGCUGCAACAACAAAUACUUGGCCAUGUUCGGCCUGUAUCCGGCUAAAGCUCCAUUGCGUGAGGCCCAAUGGUCAGUAUGAAGGGUCACCGACAGAUUCUUACGAAACUUCACAAUCCGAGUACGAAAUCGCGUCUGGCCAAAGUAGUUUUAGACAAAUGUCUAUUCCACAGCAGCAAGCGCAAUCUUCCAUGAUGGGCGCUCAGCAGAAGUCUGUCAUGUAUCCGACACCUGGUCCUUAUCCUGACCACCAAGCCGUUUAUCCUCCUAUGCCAUAUGGCGAACCGCCACCACCGCCAAAUCAACUUCAGUAUGCGGGUAUGGCUUCUCAAGUGGGCGUUUUGGAUCAAUCCUAUGCUUCUGCCAGCGUAUUCCCGACCCCACCAAUGCACCAGCAUUCUGCACAUUCCGAAUCGUCCCCGGAAUCUUAUCACCAAGAUUCAUACGGGCAGGGUGACCUUGCAGAUAUUCUAGGAGCGCUUAAAGUUGAUGAUGCAGGAACAGCUCCAUACUUGAACAACAAGAUGUCCCUUGCGGGGCAAGAUGAAGAGCCAGCUGUCGAGGAUGUAGAUGAUUUUAAGAGCAUGCUGCCUCCUAUGCCUUCGGGACCUGGUCUCAAGAUACGCAUUCCUCCGGAACUAAUGCCAGAUGACGCGACUAUCAUGCAUUAUUUUGAUCUCUAUUUCACUAACGUACACCCAUAUGUUCCGGUUCUGAAUAAAACUCAACUGUACCAGCAGUGGCAUACGAAUCGAGAAUCGAUUUCCCCUUUGCUGUUGGAAGCAAUUUUCGCUGUGGCCGGUCGUCUCGCUGAUGAGCCAGCCCAAGGACAGCAAUGGAUCGCCCUCGCUUCGAAACAUGCCGAUUCUUUUAUGGAUGUACCGCGCUUGAGCACCCUCCAGGCUCUACUGAUUAUUCUAAAAGCAAGAGAAGCUUCGCCAAAGCGCGGUUAUUACUACAGAUCUUGGAUGUCGAUUGUACAUUGUGUCGCCAUGGCUAAAGAUUUGGGACUCGAUGAACAUUUUGACGAUCACAAAGCUGGAAGAUCAUGUGGAUCCACACCAGCUGAGUGCAUUACGAAGAGCCGUAUAUGGCAAACCAUCUUCGUGUGCGAGACUAUGAUAGCUGCACCUCAAGGGCGACAAGACACCUCUGUAGACCCGGAUUCUGUUGACUUCAACGUUCCAAGACUUGUGCCUGAUUGCGAGGAAACCGAAUAUCAUGCUAGUCGAAAUUUUGCGUAUCUUUCUCGCAUCGCUCGCAACCUCAACAAGGUAAAUUCCGUGUACGCGAAGAUCAAGAGGAAGAAGGACUGGGGUAUCGAUCCCGAAUUAGUGCAGCUCAACCCGACCAUAACGGGCUGGUUAGGUGAUAUACCGGCUGAUCUACGUCUCACGUUUCCACAGGAUGGGUCACCGCCGUGGCUCCCAUCACACUUUAUCGGGAAUAUGCAUUCAUACUAUUAUUUGAGUAUCAUUAUCCUCCACCGACCCCAGCUAUCCUUCCUGGAGCCGAUGGCCCCCGACGGACAGUGGAAAUCGCACAUGUGCCUUUGUUACUCGUCUGCGAAGGCUCUGUGUCGUCUUCAGGAAUCGAUGCUGCAGUCGUUCGGUUUAAGCGGGCUCCAGUGCAUGCAACGAGGCAUUAGUUUCACGAUCUAUGCCAUUCUUUGCUGCAUCGUACUCCAUAUUGUUGCGUUGACUUCUCCUGAUCCAGAACUUAACAAUGAUGCGCGAGACUACUUCACAAGGCAUAUGAGAAUUCUAGAAAAGACGAUGCACUCGUGGCCAUUGCCAGAGAUGAUUAAACAAAUUGACGCCGUACGAGAGGCCUUCUCGGCUGACACUAGGAAACCAUUCGUUUUGAAGCCGAGCUUUCCCUACGGAAGCCCGCAUCCCAGCAACCAUUCGAGCCCGCCGACGGCGAACACGUUUAAGCCGCCUAUGCUCCAGACAAGCUCGAUGGAUCCUAUGGACCCACACGCUGGUCAGCAAGUUAGUUAUGCCAACCAUCCCAUCACACCCAUCUCUGCCAGUUCGGCGGACAACAAGAGUGACUCUCCUUCUGCACAGUCGCUCUCCCUGAUGACUCCCGGCCAGAGUUCGCAGGCCUCGGCCCUUGCGGGUGGGAUGUCAUUGGGAGACCAUUCCGCAUGGAAUCCGUCGCGUCUAUUUGAUCAAUGGAACACGACUUUCGGUACGCCUCAACUCCAAUCUCAGCCAACUUCGGUGGCUCCACAUUCCAGUUCUCUAAGUGUUGGUUCAUCUUCAGGUGCCCCCGAAAUCUCGCCUUCUCAGGAUAUCCAACUCGGAGGCGGUUCACUGCCGGCCGUAACGCAAUCCUUGCCGCAUCAACAGUACACAGCUCCUCCGAUGCAAGCAUUUGUCACGCCAGCUAUGUGGCAAGAAUCGGUUGCUAGCGUCUACGAGGGUGGCCUCAAGCGACGUUGGGAUUACGACAGCGGCACUUCGAUCUCUGAGCCAGUCAAGCGCCGCUAA